CCGUGUUUCUCAUGUUCAUACAGCUGAUCAAUUGGCCGACUCACUUACGAAGCCUAUAGCUCGUAAGCUGUUUGCAUUACAUCAGUCCAAGAUUGGCCUCCUUGAUAGGAGCACCAUCUUGCGGGGGCAUGAUAAGUAGAUGAGAUUUCCCUAACUGUUGAGGAAAUCUCUCUACUCUGUUGAGGGAAAUCCUCUAACCCGUUGAGGAAACUUCUCCUUCUAACCUGUAUAUAAAGACGGAGGAUAUGUCAAUAACAUUCAACUUCUUCUUCUACAACUCAUUUAUCUCUUUAUUUUAACAUUCUGCUCUAGUUCUCUUUAGCUCCUCCUUUCUUCUGCUCUUCUUCUCUCCCUGCAUUCCUCUAAGGGUCGUGGAAGGAGGAGAGCUCACCAAAGAAGACGAAGAGAGGACCAGAAAAGAAGAAUUCCAAUGUUAACAUAGUUGGCCUUCCAUAUUUGGUGAAUUGAGGCUCUCAACUCUUCCUCGCUUUCUCUGUGGAGAGCGAACAAAAGAAGAGAGUUGGUAUAUGGCUUCCUCCUCCGCAUCUUCUUCUUCUUCUUCUUCUCUUUCAACCUAUAGUCCACGGAACAGAUCAAGGUUCGGUGACACGACCUUCACCAAAGUCUUCGUCGGGGGACUGGCAUGGGAGACCCCGACGGAGGAGCUCCGCCGCUACUUCGAGCAGUUUGGCGAAAUCCUCGAGGCCGUGAUCAUUACCGACAAGAUCACCGGACGAUCCAAAGGCUAUGGCUUCGUGACGUUUCGGGAGUCGGAGUCGGCGACGAGGUCGGUAGCUGACCCCAACCCGGUGAUCGACGGCAGGCGAGCCAACUGCAACAUCGCCUCUGCGGGGAAGCCACGACCCUCUCCACGACAAGGGAGGAGGCAAGACGAGAGCACGUACCCCCAGUCAUCUACCCUACUCCUCUCUGGUAUAUGGCCUACCCAUCUGCAUAUGGAUAUCAACAAGCUUCCUCCUACUAUGAAGAGCUAUAUGGACCGACCUCACCUGUUGCUCCUCCUUACCGUCCACCCUCACACGGCGUUCUCCCAGCAAACUGCAAGGGCAGGUUUUCCUUCCCCGGCACAGGGCCGAGGUCCGCCGUACGUGGAGUAUCCUGCGCCCCACAUACCCAUCUCAACUCCAACUCCACCACAUGGAACACAGAACACCACAGCAGGUUAUCAUCAUCCGAAUCCUUUGCCUUGCAUGUUUGCCUAUGAUGAGGCUUCAACUUUUCUGAGAGAUUUUGACACCACCUGAGAACAUUUGGGACAUGAUCACCUGCCACUUACGAUGUUCAAGUGCUAUGCUCACAAGCUCCUCAGCAACCCUCCACAGCUGAAGCAAACACUGAUGACCAAGAAGCUUGAAGGUGGCAAUUUGCAGCUUCCAUCACAACUUCUGCUCAUCAACAUUGUCGAUUGAUCUCAAAGAACCACAGAACAUGAGUGUGCAAGAGUUUUACAUGAUUACAUUGGUAAACCAUGGUGGUUGUUCUACUAGGACACAAAACAUUUCUGAGCUAAAACGCAGUGCUGUCAAGUGAUCGAUCAUUUGUUCUUUUU